GACCUGCCUGCACUGGGCCUGUAAGCGGAACCAUGCCCAGGUGGUGUCCUGCCUGCUGGAGGCUGGUGCAGACAAGCACAUCCUUACUGCUGAGGGAGAGCUGGCGGCGCAGCUAACGUCGAAACCAGACAUCCGCAAGAUUUUGGGAGAGGAACAAACUGAAUGUCAAGGAGUGAAGGAUUUAAAUUUAUCCAUUGUUGCGAACUACUUGGCCAGCCCAUUCCCUAACAUUUACACCGAAGAAAGCAUUCCAGGCACCUUGGCAGAAUCCCAGAGUGAAAGUGCUUCCAUCUCUUCUGCUUCCCAGAGUGAAACUAGCCCUUGUCCAUCGGCAAGUCAGCCUGAGAGGAUCUGCAUGCCCACAUCGUGCAGCAGCAGCAGCAGCAGCAGCAGUGAGAUUUCCCCAGCAGCGGAUGCAGCAGCCCGGGCACCCCCCGUGCCCGCCGUCCCUGCCAGCCCAGGGGUGCCCCACGGUCCCGGCUGCCCCCCGGCCACCACCCCCAGCCUGGGGCUCUGCUCCCCAGGAGUGUCCCGCCAGGCCUUGCCUCUGCAGCCUCACAGCUCCCCCAGCAGCCCCACACCCACCUUCCAGCCCUUCUUCUUCACUGGAACAUUCCCAUAUAACAUGCAAGAACUUGUACUUAAGGUCAGAGUCCAGAACCUGAGAGACAAUGACUUCAUUGAGAUUGAACUGGACAGACAAGAAUUGACCUACCAAGAUCUGCUCAGAGUGAGCUGCUGUGAACUGGGGGUUAAUCCGGAGGAAGUAGAGAAGAUCAGAAAACUACCCAAUACACUUCUAAGAAAGGACAAGGAUGUUGCCAGACUCCAGGACUUCCAGGAGCUGGAGCUGGUGCUGGUGAGAAGUGAGAGCUCUCCUUUCCGGAGCGCUGCGGCUGCGCUGCUGGAGCAGCCGAGCUUCCACAGCAGAGCAUCCAGGCUGACCUACUGACCCUGGCAGCUGCAGGGGAACACCUGCCAGUGACAAGUGCUGCCCUUUGGAAGGCAGUGAUUUAAGUGUGUGUAAAACCUUAAGUUAUUAUUAGGGUUACUAUUUUAACUAAUAUUUUAUAUUUAAUAUCCUGUUUGCUUUUAUUUUUUUACUUGAUACUGUAUUCAGGCAAGAGAUACCUCAUUUGUCCAGUAAAAUCACAGGUUUCCAGUGUAUUUGAAGUUUAUUGGUUGUAUCUGGCAGUGCAGGGCACGAAAGAUGUAAAUUAUUGAUAUGAAAAUUUUGUUAAGUACACCCACUCUGACCAAGUAAGACUCAUAGAAAGAUUCAGGACAUUGUCUGUCUCUGUGUGUACUUGCACAUUAAAUUAGAUGAAAGAGAUACAUAAUGGAUAGUUGCUCUCUGAAAAUAUGAAUGUGCAAGUCCCUAAUCUCUUGUCCCUCAUAAAUACUCACCAAGAUGGUUUGUCUAGAGAUACUUAAAGCUCAGAAGUGGCAGGAGAAAUCCUUUUACUGGGCUGAAAAUAACUGGAAUAAGCACGUCUGUAUUUAAAUGUUUAUUUCCCCUGUGAGAAUAUUGUACCUCCACCAAAAAAUAUGAAAGCCUCUCUUAAAUGUUCCUACUGAGAGUCCUUUCAAGAGAAAGCCUUUGUUUCAGAUGGGGAGGGACCCCCAAUCCGUGUCUGUGGUUUUAUUUACUUUCUUACCGCUGUGAGCCUGUGCAUUGCUCACACCAGGUGUCAGCACUGUGAGGCAGGAAAGCUCUCUGUGGCCCUCCCCUGUACACCAGUUCCAAGGGAGGUGGUUGUUUCUGCCCUGUGAGCAGCACAGCAGGGUCCUAACGAGAGAUCACAGGUGGAAGGAACAUAGAAGGCUUUUAUAACCCACUAGAUGGGAAAAACACCACUAGUAAGUAACUAACUUGUAACUUUACAUCCUGCACAGUCUGCUGUCACUGGUGAGUAUUGAAAGGGCUGAAUGUCUCCAGGUGCUUUCAACUUUUUUUUCCCCCUCUUCUUUGUGGGGAGUGAAAAAAACAUAACUCUGGUUAAGCUACAGACUGUUUAACUUGCAUUUAAGCAAGUCAGUAAUGAAAAAAUUCACCUGUGGGUUAAAAUACUUAAGUAAGUCACAGCAUUGCUGGAGUAUUAAACAGCCUGAAGCUUUCCUAUAUUAACAUGGCAGCCUGGAAAGUAACACUUCUGGAGGCUGUUUUCUUUUUUACCAAAAAAUACAAUGCGGACCUUUGCACCAAAACCCUUAAAUGGGUCCUGAGGUGGGUGGAGGGCUCAGGGAUUUGCUUUUUCUGCAUGAGCUCCCCCUUUUUCUGCUCCCCCUUUCCUCCCCUCCACCCCAAACUAUUGAUUUUCCUUCCAUUUCUGCUUUAUGAAGCUUCAGGCAGUUUCUGCACAGCUGAUGGGUGCUGUGUUUGUUGUUGGUCUGGACUGCAGUGCUGACAGACUAUAAACAGUACAGCACCGUGUUCCAGCAGAAGCAGCAUGGCUGCCACCCUCCCCGUGUUCUUGCUUUAGCCUGGCAGACUCUCUCAAGCUGCUGCACACCGAGAGAAGACAGAAACCCUUCCAGCAGAGAUACUUGACUCUGGGCUCAGGAUUUCACCAAGUUACUUAAGCUUAAAAUUCUUGCUUAUUUCUUUCAAAAUAAUUAUUGUCCUUUCCUAAAAUUCUUGCUUAUUUCUUUCAAAAUAAUUAUUGUCCUUUCCUCCAUGUUCCACACCCAUCACCUCACCUCUGCUAACUUCCCAUUCUCAAUCCUGGCUUUUCUCCAGCCAGGAGCUGAGAGAACUAGUUAUGUUUAAUGCCAGAUUCAACUCCUGGGAAGCUCAAGACUCUGACACAGUAUGAAGUAAAAGUUCUUAACUAAGGUUCCUGCUUUGUUUUUCUUGUAAGACAGGAAAGAAAGUUCUAUUUUAACAAUUGUGUAUUUAUCUCUCCAGCAUAGCUUGGAGGCUAGCUUAGAUUAUGUGCAAUAACUGUGUGAAAAACAGUAGUGGUUUAAUGGUUCAAAAUUAGUAAGAGUAUCUAAUUUGUUUCCAGUUCCUUUAUUUAGGAAGUCAAUGUAAGGACUGUCUCCACUAAUUACUGAGCAUUCUGCUAGAGGGCAGCUGGUUUAAAAAGCUUUAUUUGUCUAGUUUCCACCAAGAAUAACUGUUAUGUGUUAAGAGUUAAACUCAUAAAUCUGACUGUAAUAACACUAUAUCUAUGCAUUCACAGAAGUAUUUUUGUAUGUUUUAUGCAGUUUGAUAAACUCUAAUGCACACUUGUUAUGUUAGCUGGUUUUUGCUGGGCUUUUUCUUUAAAUGAUGAACUGUUGGAAUGAUAACUGAGAUGAAAUUUACAAAACUUACUGGUUUUCCAAGGAUGCCUUUUGUUUGCACUACAAACUUGUACUGAACUGACAUUGCUACUCUUCACUUAAAAUAAAGUAUCAGUCAUUUGAAGUA